GUAGUAAAGUCUGGCGUCUCCGCGUUAUAUCGUGACGUUAACGUGUUUAAUGUAGCUGUAAACCUGAUAAAACACAAGUAGGUUAAUAUAUUUAUUUAAAAGUUAUCCUCCCGUGUUUUGGUAGAAAUGGCCAACGGUCGCAGAGUUUGCUGCAUCCUCUGCAGACGGUCCGAAGAGACGAAGAUAACCGGACCUUUAUCCACUAAAUGUGAAAUCACGGCUCAUCAAAACUGUCUGCUUUUUGCCUCAGGAAUUUAUUGCCAGGAGUCGCCACUAUAUGACGACCUGUUCGGUUUCUUCGUGCAUGAUGUGAUGGACGAGGUGAAACGAGGAAAAAAACUGAAAUGUCACCAAUGUAAGAGUAGUGGUGCCACUGCUGGAUGUGGAAACUCCCGUUGUAAGAAGUCCUACCACUACCCGUGUGCUGUCGAGGAAGGAGUCCGGACGGAUGAGGAUACAAAGAAUGGGAAAUUUGAGUUGUACUGCCCCAAUCACAGUGAAUCGCAAAACAACAACGCUUCUGUAAAAGGACAAACAAAGCCCAAAACCCCCCAAAAUCCCAGUGAAGCAGGACCAUCGAAGGUGUUAUGCCUCACUUGUGAGAAAAAAGAAGGAAACAUCAGUUUGGAAAGUUGCUCUGCUGGAUUUGUAAUGUUGUAUUGUGCCGAACACGCUCCUGCAUCGCUCAAGAAGAACACCAACGGAGAUUCUUCAGGAGCCGGGCCGUCUAGGUGCAGCAGCGGUGACUCCACAUCAUCCAGCUGCUCACGUUUAUCCUCCAAGAGGCGGAUCAGUUCAGAUGAAGAUGAGGAAGUGAGCCUCGCUAAACGUAAAUCUAAUGUCAGUGUGAGGAGGAUAUCAGAGGAUUCCUCAAAUUCAGAUCAGAAUACACCUGAUUCACAGUGGGCCCCUUUAGAUUUUGAUAUAAACGAAAGUGUAAACUCAGGAACUGUUCAGGAGCCUGAGCCUCCUGCUGAGCCUCAGUUGAUCAGGAAAGACGCUGAGAGCCACACAGGGUCCAUCUCAGGACAUCGACCGGAGGACGAGAGCAGUAAUGAAGCUGAUGAAACUUUAAUUACCUCAGAUGCCGAGUCCGAGAGUUUACUGCUUCCUGUGACGGUCUGCGUGGAUUCUCCGUCGCUUCCAGUCACGACUAAUGAUCUCUCCGUACAGACAGACGUGAGAGUGGAAGAAAUAAUAAUAAUAAAGAGAGAAAAAGGCUCCAGUCCAGAGCUGAGUCCUGUCCCCAGUCCUGUCCCCAGUCCCGCUGAGCCCUCUGUCCCAGAGGAGAGCUCCACUGCGCCCCCUCCUUCCCCCGAUCGCUCCGAGCCCGGCGGUGGUGUUAGCUCACCUCUGUGCACCAGCACGCCCUUUUCUGCAGCUCCACUCGAACCCAUCAGCAUUAUCAUCCAUUCCUCCCCUCCCGUUCCUGCAGCAGUCCUCCCCUCCGUCUCCCCAGAGCCCAGCAUCGACCCCACCAGCUUCUGGAAAAGCUGCAACGCUACAGGAUGCACUGAAGCCAUCUUCACUGAUUUCAUGAAUGAGAUGAAUCUUAUCUCUGGCAGAAUUCAGUCCGACCAGGCCAGCCAGGAGGAUUAUGAUCGAGCUCUGAAAGUGAUGGAGGCUUCUGGGAAACUUGCAGAGCUCGUGACCAAGCAGCAGAAAGAAUUAGAAAGAAAACAAAGGGAGCUGGAGAAGGCAGCAGCAGCCAUGACGGAGGUCAUCUCUCUUCUGAAGCGAUGAGUCCGUCAGCAGCAGAAAAGACGACAUCGGCACUUUUUGACCUUCUCUUCUGUCCGGUUGGUUUAGUUACAUAUUUCUCUUGGGGACCUUUUUUUAUACAAACAGUAUAUUGUUCUUUGUGAUCUUGAUUAUGAGUCCAUAUUUAAGACAGUUUGAAGGGUUGGAGUUAAUGUUGAAUAUGAAUGAGCACGUAUAAAGCUGUAGCCUUUAGAGGUGAUGAAGAAGUCACACAGCGAGGUGUCACAUCAUGUUUUGAUGAAACAGAAAAAGAGAAAAGAGAUUAUAAAGUGAUAUAAGUGAAAACCCUAUGAACUGAAGUUUUACUGACAUUUUUAUAUAUUUAAAAAGUAACAAUAAAUCAUAUUAACAUAAUCAUUUUUUUAAUGAUGUUUGUUCCUUUUGUUUGCAUUGAUCUGUUGUGCUCAGUCAGCGUUGUAAUCAGGUACCAUGUGUUGAACUGUAGGUUUUUAACUGUACUCAUGUGAAGCAGACCAGUUUUAUGUGAAGUUUUAAAGGUUUUAUAUCUUUUAAAUGUGUGUAUUUCUGAAUGUCAAAGUCAUGAUAUCUGUAAGUAGUCACGGAGCUGUAACGGUUGAUUUUCAAAGCGUACAAAAGCCUUGUUGCCCAAACUCCCGAUUGUUACGGUAACUCAAGCAUUCACUCGAGUUUUUCUCUCUCAAGAAGUUACCAAAUAGUUCUGAAGCAACAUUUUCAUGUUCAAUCAAGAUUGAAGUUCAUAUCAGUCAAUACAAGCAAAAAAAGAACCUCAGGUAUUGAUACAACACGUCAUGUUCACAAGACGCUCAAAUCGGUUUCUUCUAGAAUUCUAAAGUGGUUUUCUCACGUUGUUUAUCAAGACACUAAAUAUCACUUUCUUGGUGACAAACUUCCUCAUAAUUUGUGUUUGAAGUUUAUUUUCUAAUUGUUUGUAACGUGGGUUUAGUGACGUCAACCACAUGUCCAGAUGGAAGAUAUUUUUUGGUUGAUUCUGAAUUUGGCUCUGAUUUUAUCAGCCUAUAAAUCUGAGCUGUACUCAACCAAUCAGGUAAGAGGCAGACCACAUUAAUCAAUCACUGAUCUCUUUGUGAGCACAUUUACAGUAGACAGACCGACUCAAUCAGUCAGAGCCCCUCUGAAGAAUUCAAUCAGGCCCAUUUAUCAUUGUAUUCACAGGACAGUACAUCUCUGAAUGAUGUCCAUUAAUCUGUGAUUCUGUUUAGCAACAGAGCAGUGGUACAGAUGGCCAGUGUGACCGCGCCCUAAGCUGGUAGAAAAUGACCCUUUAGAAAUGUGAAACUUACAAAAUAGACAGUUUCGGACAGUGUAGACAGUACGGAUGGCCAGUGUGACCGCGCCUUACUGUCAGUAUGUUUUUUCAAUUGAAAUUUUAUUUUUUAUUUUUUUUAAUUGUUGCUCAAAUGACUGUAAAUUUCUCAUCUUUUCCAGAAGCUUUAAAUGCUGAAAAUAAAUUCAGGAAAACAAGAAUCAAGAGUGCUUUUUUUUAAAUUAACUAGCUUGCAGAGUUAAUAAAAUGUCACUGGCACGUUGCAUAACUCGAUAGUGAUCAAUAGAUCCAUAUUCAUUGAUUAUAAAACAGAAACAUCCUGCACAGAAGUGAGCAAAUAUUUACUUCUAAAUACUCCGCAGCAGCGCAGUCAAUAAAUGAUAAUACUGUCAAAUAGUGUUCUCUACAUGCAGGUGAUGCCAUGUGGGUCAAAAAGAAACGUGAACAACUUCUGCAAGCUCACACGGCCUCACUGUAAACAGAUGUUGAACGGCUUCGUGUGUUUCAGCUUGAAAGCAGACAUGUUAAACCAGCCGACUGAACCGGUUUGUGUGAUAAUAAUAUACACACACACACACACACACACGAUAGAAGCUUUUGUUUUUAUGUGAUGUCAAUGAGAUGAGAUGUAGCUGCACAAACUGUGUCUGUGUAAUCAAUGAAGGAAUGCUUUUCCACAUCUGUAACCAGGGCUGCUGCUGUGUAAGGAAUCAAAAUACUGGCAGCAUCCCAAAUGGCCAAGUUACUGAAUCCAAAUCGCUGAAGCAGCAUUUCUUUGGACGAAGGUCAAAUGUAACAAAACGGCUUCAAAAUAAAAUUCUGAAUUGCCGCGGAGAU